AAGAACAAUGUUACCAUUUGAGCAAGAUAAGAGAGUCAGUUCAGUUGGAACUACUAAUGCAGAAUUACCCUUGGCUGAUCCCGGAAUGUACCAGUUGGACAUUACAUUAAAAAGCGGUCAUAAUUUAGCAGCUCGUGAUCGAAGAGGAACAAGUGAUCCAUAUGUCAAAUUUAAAAUAGGUGGAAAAGAGGUCUUCAGAAGCAAAACAAUCCAUAAGAAUCUUAACCCAGUGUGGGAGGAAAGAACUUCCAUCUUUGUUGAGCAGUUAAGGGAACAACUGUAUAUAAAGGUCUUCGAUUAUGAUUUUGGCCUCCAAGAUGAUUUCAUGGGAUCAGCAUUUUUUGACCUCAGUUCACUAGAACAAAAUAGGCCAAUCGAUGUUACAUUGAGUCUGAAGGAUCCACAUUACCCAGAUGAUGAUCUUGGAACUAUAUUAUUGUCUGUGUUGCUGACACCAAAAGAACAACCAAGGGAAGCGACAAUGCUAAUGAGGAAGAGUUGGAAAAGAUCAAGUAAGUUUCAGACCCAGAGUUUACGUCUGUCAGACCUGCACAGAAAAUCUCAGCUAUGGAGAGGGAUAGUCAGUGUCACUUUGAUUGAGGGUCGUGAACUCAAGGCCAUGGAUCCAAAUGGACUUAGCGAUCCCUAUGUGAAAUUCCGGCUGGGACAUCAGAAGUACAAGAGUAAGAUUGUCCCCAAAACUUUGAAUCCUCAGUGGAGGGAACAGUUUGACUUCCAUCUGUAUGAGGAACAUGGUGGAAUUAUUGAUAUUACUGUGUGGGACAAAGAUGCUGGCAAAAAGGAUGAUUUUAUUGGCAGGUGCCAGGUUGACCUAUCGACCCUGAGUAAAGAACAAACUCAUAAACUGGAGCUGCCUCUAGAGGAAGGGGAAGGCUUUCUGGUACUGCUGGUCACCUUGACAGCCUCAGCUACAGUCAGCAUCUCUGACCUCUCAGUCAAUGCCUUGGAGGACCAGAAGGAACAGGAAGAAAUGCUAAGGAGAUAUAGCCUAGUGAGGAUGUUUCAUAAUAUGAAGGAUGUGGGAUUUCUCCAGGUGAAGGUCAUCAGAGCAGAAGGUUUGAUGGCAGCUGAUGUAACAGGCAAGAAUGACCCAUUUUGUGUAGUUGAGCUGAACAACGAUAGACUGUUGACACACACUGUAUACAAGAACCUUAACCCAGAAUGGAAUAAGAUCUUCACAUUCAAUAUUAAGGAUAUCCACACAGUUCUUGAAGUGACAGUUUAUGAUGAAGAUAGAGAUCGGAGUGCUGACUUCCUGGGCAAAGUGGCUAUUCCAUUGCUGUCUAUUCAAAAUGGUGAACAGAAAGCCUACGUCUUGAAAAACAAGCAGCUGACAGGGCCAACAAAGGGGGUCAUCUAUCUUGAAAUAGAUGUGAUUUUUAAUGCUGUGAAAGCUAGCUUGCGAACAUUAACACCCAAAGAACAGAAGUACAUUGAAGAAGAAAACAGAAUUUCUAAACAGCUUUUGCUAAGGAACUUCAUUCGUAUGAAGCGCUGUGUCAUGGCCCUCAUAAAUGCUGCCUACUAUGUAAACAGUUGCUUUGACUGGGAUUCACCACCAAGGAGCCUUGCUGCUUUUUUGGUAGUGGAGGACAUGUUAGAGGACGAGGAAGAAGAGGAUGACAGAGAUGACAAGGACAGCGAAAAGAAAGGAUUUAUGAAUAAGCUGUAUGCCAUCCAGGAAGUGUGUGUCAGUGUCCAGAACAUCCUUGAUGAAGUAGCUUCCUUUGGAGAAAGGAUAAAGAAUACCUUCAACUGGACUGUUCCAUUCUUAAGCUGGCUGGCCAUUGUUGCUUUCUCUGGGUUCACAGUCAUCCUGUAUUUCAUUCCACUGAGAUACAUUGUCCUUGUCUGGGGUAUCAAUAAAUUUACAAAGAAACUCCGAAGUCCAUAUGCAAUCGAUAACAAUGAAGUACUUGAUUUCCUUUCCAGAGUUCCUUCAGAUGUACAAGUGGUGCAGUACCAAGAACUGAAACAAGAUCCUACUCACAGUCCAAGUCGGAGGAAGAAAAACAACCCUGGCUAG